AUGAAUGAGGUGAGGAGAAUGGCAAAGAGAAAAGCAGGAAGGGAGGAAGGAGGUGGCUCCGGCACCGGUGAGAGCCGGCCCGGAGAACGGAAGUCGAAACGCGUUGUGGAGAAGAUAGCUUCUUCGUCGAUGAUCUGUUUCCUUCUGUUGCUUCUUCUUCCAAUCGCUUUUUCUCAGCCAACAAGGAACUUAGAUGGAAUAAGUGCAAGAGCUCCAACAGUGCAGCAGAUAAGAAACAGACAUGGAGCUAGAGAGGUGAUAGUGGACAAUGGGAUUAUCAGAGUCAGUUUCUCUAGUCCUCAAGGACUUAUAACUAGCAUCAAAUACAAAGGAAUCGAUAAUGUUCUUAAUCCACAUGUCCGAACUCGAGGGUACUGGGACAUUACAUGGCAAGGAGAAAACAUUCGGGGCUUGGAUGGAAUUGAAGGAACCAACUUUAGAAUUAUAACUCAAAACGAAGAACAAGUGGAGAUUUCAUUCUCAAGAAAAUGGAAUGGUGGUUCUAAACAUAUUCCACUAAAUAUAGAUAAAAGGUAUAUUAUACGAACAAAUACGUCAGGAAUCUACGCAUACGGAGUCUUCGAGAGACUUUCCGAAUGGCCAGAAGUCGAGAUGGGUCAAGUUCGAUUAGUAUUCAAACUCAACACUGAUAGAUUCCGUUACAUGGUGGUGGCAGAUGACCGGCAAAGACAAAUGCCAACCGACAAUGACCGUGACAUCCACCGUGGCCAUGCCAAGGGUCUUGCUUACAAAGAGGCUGUACAAUUGACUAAUCCUGCUGACCUAAAGUUCAAAAACCAGGUGGAUGAUAAAUACCAGUACUCAUGUGAGGUCAAGGACAACAAGGUGCAUGGUUGGAUCUCGACCAAGUCCCAUGUCGGUUUCUGGCUCAUCUCACCGAGCGGCGAAUACCGCUCGGGUGGACCUAGCAAGCAGGAGCUCACGUCGCACGUCGGUCCCACGGCCAUCACCAGCUUUAUAAGCGGGCAUUAUGUUGGUCGGGACAUGGUGACAACGUACAAAACUGGUGAAGCGUGGAAAAAGGUCUUCGGACCUGUUUUCAUUUACUUAAACUCUGAUUCUACCGGCAACAAUCCUCGACAUUCAUUAUGGGAAGAUGCUAAACGACAGACCGAAGACGAAGUUGAAGCCUGGCCGUAUGAUUUUGUAGCAUCCUCUGACUUUCCUUCUCGUCAAGAAAGAGGAACUGUUACCGGUCGGCUCUUAGUCAACGACAGAUUCUUGACCCCGGCACAAUCUGCAUACAUCGGUUUAGCACCGCCGGGAGAAGCUGGUUCAUGGCAGACAAAUACUAAGGGAUAUCAAUUUUGGACACAGACGAACGAAACCGGCUAUUUCACAAUUGAUAACGUUAGACCGGGAACUUACAAUCUGUACGGAUGGGUUCCCGGUUUUAUCGGAGACUUUCAAUACCAAAACCGUGUUAACGUAGCGGCCGGUUCAGAGAUUAGUCUCGAUAGAGUUGUGUUUAAGCCUCCUAGGAAUGGUCCAACGUUGUGGGAGAUUGGUGUACCGGAUCGAACCGCUCGAGAAUACUUUGUACCGGAACCAUACAAGGAUACAAUGAACCCCUUAUACCUAAACCACACUGACAAGUUUAGGCAGUAUGGGUUAUGGCAACGAUACACAGAGUUAUAUCCAAAUCAUGACCUUGUCUACACAAUUGGAGUUAGUAACUAUAGUCAAAAUUGGUUCUACGCUCAUGUCACAAGGAACAUAGAUAAGUCAACCUAUGUACCAACGACAUGGCAGAUCGUGUUUCAACUUCCAUAUGUGAACCGGCGAGGUAGCUACACAUUGCAACUAGCUUUAGCCUCGGCUGCACGAGCUAACUUACAAGUACGGUUCAACAACGAGUACUCGAGGCCAUUAUUCUCAACGGGUAACAUCGGAAGAGAUAAUGCUAUAGCAAGACAUGGAAUCCACGGAGUCUAUAGGCUUUACAGCGUCAAUGUUCCUGGAAGGUUACUAAGAACCGGGACCAACACGAUUUAUCUAAGUCAAGCUAAAGCGACCGGACCGUUUGAAGGUCUUAUGUAUGACUACAUUCGUCUUGAAGCGCCUUCUAGAGCUUAG